CGCAAGUCUCUCACUUUAUCUGCGCCAUCGCCCAUAUUUCGCUCGUUUCCUGUGCUCUCUGACCCACGUCCGACGUAUCCAUGACCCUCAAAUUUUGACUCUUGGAGUUCACGCCUGCAGGUAUAAAAGGCGCGAGCUGUCUGGCGAUGUCUCCAGACUCAGACAGCCCCUCUCUGCCCCCUUCUUUUUGUCCCAUCACCUCCUCGAUAUAGCCAGUCAAUUAUGCCUGCCAGUCGCAUUCCGCUCAUCUACGGGACCAGCCGUAGCAUAGGUCUGCCAGGCUUUGGUGUCAUACCUGACCUCGACAGCGCCCAGAAAGUUAUUGACCUCUUUGCGGGUCAUGGGUAUACGCGCUAUGAUACUGCUAGACGCUAUUCUGGAGGGACCGCUGAAGAGGCGCUCUCGAAGCUCGACCUCCACGGCGGUCUCGUGGAUACGAAGUGCUUCCCCGCCCAGCCCGGUGACCACUCACCCGAGAAGCUGCGCGAGGCAGUCGAAACCUCCGCGCGCACCCUCGCGCCACACAAGAUCAACGUGUUCUACCUCCACUCGCCGGACAGGUCCGUUAAGUUCGAAGACACCUGCCGCGCGAUCAAUGAGUUGCAUAAGGAGGGAUACUUCACGGAAUUCGGCCUGAGCAACUUCUACUCGUGGGAGGUCUCCGAGAUCUACACCAUCUGCAAACUGAACGGCUGGCUUGUGCCCACCGUCUACCAGGGCGUAUAUAACGUCAUCGAGAGGACGAUCGAGCCUGAGCUCCUCCCGUGCUUGCGCGCCCAUGGCAUGAGAAUUCAUGUCUACAGCCCGCUUGCCGGCGGCCUCCUCACCGGCAAGUUCCACUCCGUCGAUCAGAUGCGCGGCGAGGACGCCAAGGGCUCCCGCUGGGACUCCAGCUCGGGCAACCCCUUCGUGGCCAAGCUGCAGGAGCGAUAUGCUCCCUUGGUCCCAAUUUUUGCGGAGUUGCAGGGCGUGCUGGAAAAGCAUAACAUAACCCUCACCGAGGCGGCGCUGCGGUGGUUGCAGCACCAUAGCCAGUUGACGCCGGAGGACAGGGUCAUCAUCGGUGCGAGCAAGCUGAUUCAGCUUGAGCAGUCGAUGGGCGCGAGCGAGAAGGGCCCUCUACCAGACGAAGUUGUCAAGCUUUUGGAAGACGCGCAUAAGAGCGUCGAUAGUCGGGUGGCGCAUUACGCGGCAUGGGCGUGAUGGAACGGUGGUGCAGUAAAAGAGACGUUUAUAUCUACAUCUACAAUAUAAAGGAGCAACAGCUGGGGCCGGCCCCCAUCAACCCA